AUGUGUCAUUUUAAAAGUCCCAUAGAAGUCCCAAGCGACAGCUGCUACGAACUGGUCAAGACCCGGUCUCGUAUGGACUCCCGGUACAUCAUCAGGGGAAAAGUGCUCAGGACAAGAGACCGGAGAGAGUGUGAGAUGGAGUGCGACCGGGAGUAUAACUGCAAGGGAUUCAAUUACAGAAACUACGGCAACAAUAAUUAUGGCAACGACAACAGUAACUAUGGCAACAGUAACUAUGGCAACAACUAUGGUUUCAGAGAUGAGUGCUUCCGGCUGGCCAAGAUCGAGACAUCGAUCGAGUACCCGAGAGACCGCCUCGACGUGAGAGACAUCCGGGAAUGCGAGGCGGAGUGCAAAAGGGCAAGAAGAUUUACCUGUAGAUCAUUUGCCUUCAGGAAAUCGUCAGAAAGAGAAGGGACCUCUGAUGACAGGUACAGCAGCGGCGGGAACUGGGCCAGAGAUAACUGUUAUCUCAGUGACCGCGAGUUCAGGGAACUUGGCAAUUACGAACUCUUGCAUGACAGAUCCUUUGAUUUCUACGAGCGACGUCUGUACGAUCGAGAGUGUGGCGUUGACGACCACGGUCACGGCAACAACCAGGGUUUCCAGGACGAAGGCGGUGACAUGACUGUGAACGGAAUACAGUGCUACAGAGGUCGGUGUCGUGAGGACCGCGAGGGAGGCUACUGGUUCUGUCAUACGGACUUCUCUGAGGCUUGGGACUACUGCUGUAGGCCGAGGGAGGUGUGCGGCUACUCCCAGGGCUAUGAUCAAAAGUGGUGCUAUGUGGGCUCCGAAGGGCGGGACCAGUGGCGCCCUUGCAAGGGUCAGGGCCGCGACCGAGACUACCUGAAGGAGGAAGACCCGCCCAUGUCAGCAGAAGCCACGACCUUUGACCCCUUCAUGAAUAUGACCUCUCUUGAAGUGCUUGACCUCGGUGACAUCUCAGGUUAAGAGGUCAUAGUUUUAUAAGGUUUUAAGUUUAGGUGUUGUAUUUUUUCCUGUUUCCGGUCAAUCGGGUUUUUGGAUCUUGUAGUGUUGUAUUUUGAUUAUGUUGUUUUGUUGUUCAUUCUUGUGUUGUACUUGUCUUUUUUUUUAUUUUAUAAACUUGACCGAUUUUUUUUUUAUAUA